AUGAAAUUCAUCACUCGCUUCUUUUUAAUUACCUUGUUAAUUUCUUUAAUUAUUCAAUUUAAAUUUAAAAUUUACUUCUUUAUUCCUUUAAUAAUGUUAAUUAUACUAUUUGGAGUGUUUAUUGUGUGUAUUUCUUUUCAUCAAGCUAUCAAUCAAAAAACUACUGAAAAAUCCUUUAUAAAAGAAUAUGAAAAUUUAAUAGAGAAAUUUAAAUAA